AUGGUGAGGUUGUUUGCAAAGUUGAAUGAAAUCACAAUGCCGAAGUUGCAACGCCAAUUUUAUACCGGAUUGGAUGGCCUGAUGACGAUCGAGUACGGACUGCUCACUUUCAUGUGCCUCCCUUCACACACCAAUAACCACCUCCAUUCCCUUUGUACGCCACCUCCUUCAAACGCGUUUUACUCGCCAUUACCCACUACAACUUGUCAUUUCCCCAAGAGUUCCACCUAUUCACAGCUGGAUCACCUCUUACUAGUGGUGAAAUCUCCACGUGACAUUCUCAUCACUUCCUCGCACUUUCCCACAUUUGAAGUCAACUCGCUCGAUGCUUGA